CCGGUUUCAGCAGGUCCUCUCUCUCUCUCUCUCUCUAGAUCAUCGGUUCUUCAGUUCGAUAAUGGCGAAUCCAGUGCCCUCGAAGGGAUGGACUAAGAACAUAUCAUCAAUAGCUUCACGUGUUUACUUCCUCUUGAUCUUAUUCCAGAUCCCUCUCUUCAGGGUUCCAUGUAGAUCUGGUAUGUGUACAACCCCGAUCCAUGUGACAUCGUCUCAGUUGAUAUCCAGUGAGAUAUUUCCUGUUCCGGUGAUCAAGGCUCUCCUAUACCCCGGUGCUGUCGUGAAUGGCCUUGCUUCAAACACGACGAUUCCAAAAUGGGAAAAUGUCUUAGAUAUUUACAAUCUCACCAAUAUCAAGGAAGCAUCUGCUGUGACCGAUCUCCAACGCCUAGAGGUUCUAGCGGGAAGUUACUUUUCAGUGGCCGGGGCAUUUGUGGGUAUUCUAAAGCCGGGGAGGAUGAGCAUGUUCGGGUCAUUGCUACUGACUUGGGGUCUUGUCAAAGAAGGUAUGUUGGGGAAGCCAGCGAAUACAGACCCGACAAGAUCUGUUUAUGUAUACCCAACUCUGGUGAUAGCACUCGUAUGCGCUUUCUCUUCGAUUAAGUACGACUUGAAGAAAGCCACGAGGCCUGCUCCUGCUCGUCCCAUCGCCAAACCUCUCAUGAGUUCGUCCAAAUCAAAGCUGAAAUGAGUUCUGAACUUGAACUUGUGGUAGCUUUUUGCCUUUUGUUAUGGAAAACGUGCCGGGGAAAUGACAUUGUCUUCCCCUUGUCAUUUGCUAGUUUUGGUCUCCACUCAGUUGUUUUGUUAUGCAGACUCUGCGCAUUCUUUUUUACUGUUCUAUUACCAAAUCCUCUGCUUC